AUGCCGCUGGAUGUGCUACAGCCUUCUGGGAUGAGGUUUUUCCUCCAGUAUGCUGGCUGUUUUUUUGCUUUUUUCUCUACUGGGUUUUUGAUAGCAUCUACCUGGACAGACUGCUGGAUGGUGAAUGCUGAUGAUUCCCUGGAGGUGAGUACAAAAUGCCGUGGCCUGUGGUGGGAAUGUGUCACAAAUGCUUUUGAUGGGAUCCAAACUUGUGAUGAGUACGACUCCAUCUUCGCUGAGCACCCUGUGAAGCUGGUGCUGACCCGAGCCAUGAUGAUCACAGCAGAUAUCCUGGCAGGAUUUGGAUUUCUCUUCCUUGUCCUGGGACUGGAUUGUGUGAAAUUCCUUCCGGAUGAGCCACUCAUCAAGCUGCGCAUCUGCCAGGUGUCUGGAGUUACCUUGCUCAUCGCAGGUCUCCCAGGCAUUACUGGCUCGGUGUGGUACGCCGUUGACGUCUAUGUGGAGCGCUCCUCUCUGGUCUUCCACAAUGUGUUUCUGGGCAUCCAGUACAAGUUUGGCUGGUCCUGCUGGCUCGGCAUGGCGGGGUCACUUGGCUGUUUCUUGUCCGGGGCCCUGCUCACCUGCUGCAUGUACCUCUUCAGAGAGACCAGCUCUGGAAGGCUUCACUCUGCUUACUGCUUGAGGAAAGGCUAUUCCUCAGCUGGGACAAUUGUAACCAACGUGCACUUGCCAUCCUCACAGACAGCCACUGCCAAGAUGUAUGCCAUAGACACGAGAGUGUGA